UCCAGGAAGUUGAUCGCAGUUGUCGGGCAAACAUUUGACUACAGUGUGGAACAUUCGUAGAGUUUGAAACAUGGCGGAAUUAUCAUUUUUACCCCAAAAGGCAAAGCUAAAAGUCGUCGGAACAAAGAAAGACAUGUCUUUGUAACCCAUUGUUUUCCUCACAGGUGAAGCUAGCGGGGAGGAAUGGACCGUACGUCUGUAAAACGGGAGUUUCGGCCUGGUUCUGGUCGGGUGCAGGUGACUGAGAUGAAUGAAUCUGGCCCAAUCAACCCAGUUCCUGUCCUUAAAAAGCGAGAUGAGGCUGACACAGAGCAACUUAUUUGUCUCUCCAAGGAGAAGCUGGAACUGCUAUGUGGAACAAAAGAUCUCUCUCAGGUGACCUCACUGGAAAUCUGCGUGAACACUCAAGAAAAUAGUCUGGGAAACAUUGGUACUUAUUUGCCCAGGCUGGUGCUGCUCAAAAUGAACAACAGUGUGAUCAUGUCAAUGAGAGAUCUGGGAACCACCUUUUCACAACUGCAGGUGCUGUGGAUGUCUCGUUGCUGCCUACAAGACCUCGAUGGCAUUUCAUCUCUCUCCUCUCUCAGGGAACUAUACUUGGCAUUUAACAAAGUGUCAGAUCUGAGUCAGGUUGGCAUGCUGGAGAACUUGCAAGUGUUAGAUGUAGAGGGAAAUGAUGUGGAUGACCUUGUCCAGGUUCAAUAUCUUGGGCUGUGUGGCAAACUACAUACCCUCACCUUGGAGGGAAACCCUGUGUGUCUGCAACCAAACCCUACUACCACACAGGCUGACUACAGUUACUGGGAUUCAGUGAGGGAGUUGGUCCCUCAGCUGCGUUACCUUGACAAUGCAAGAGUGGAGAAUGGUAGACCAAACUCCAGCGGCACCAUGUGGGAAGACUGGAGCAUCCUGAGAAACUGCAUCAGAGACUACUACACAACGGCUACCGAAGACACAGACAGUGCACGUCCCUACAACCGUUCCAGUUCUGCCAGGCGGCCUGCUUCCAGCCUCCGGUCCCUCUCAUCAGCAAGUACUGCUGACUCCAGGCCCUUGACAUCAUCGUCAUCAGGGUUUCUUUCGUCUCCUUUGUCCACACCUGGUUCUGAAGAUUCAGACUUUGCCGAAGUUGAAGCAGACAGCAGCGUCCUCACACAUGGAGCUGGCAAGAUCGUGUUCUGUGGGAACCCUGUAAAGGCUGUACGAGCAAGACGUGAAAAGUUGAGAACUGCACCCUGUGUGUCAACUUUUAACCCCCGUGACCUGACCAUCCAUAUACCAGAGCACAUGUAUGACCCAGAAGACCAUGAUGGGAAUGAGUGUGGUGAUGUUUUUGCUGAACUUAAAGCUUGGAGGGAGAAGCAUAGCAGGCGACUUGAAGAAAUACAGAGCGACAGGUUACCUCAAGUACUGGUUGUUCAGCAUGGCAACAAGGAUGAUGAUGAUGAUGAAGGGGAAGGUUUCGAUGGUGUCCACAGUUAUGAUGAAGAACAAAGCGAGGACGGUACCGAUUCAUCUUUUAGGCCCAUUUGUUCAGGCCAGUUUAAACGCACGUUGCAUGAUGUGGAUCAACGUUCCUUGUCCUCUGACAUCACACAUUGGCCUUGUCCUCCUCCUAAGUUUUUAGGUUCAAAACCAGCCUCUGGUAAUAACAAGAACCCAACAGGAAACUGUUCACAGAGGAUUCGAAUUAACCGGGGCACUUCAGAACACAUACUUCAUUCUUACAGCGAUGUUGCAAAGGCUACACAUACAGAGCGGCCAAUCAAGAGUGUCCAGCAGGUGACGAGAACUAAACCGCUUCGACCGCCAUCACCUAUACGCAUAACUCAGUCAUGUAAAAUUGGUAGCCUGGGCGGACGGUUAAAGGAUUCAUGGUAAAGCAUUAUUCAGUUCUUGCCUCUUUUUGUAUUAUUUAAACUGUCUGCAGCUAAUUACCAUGAAUACAAUUUUCAAACUCAUCUGCAGAAUCUCACUCAGGUUGCAUGGUAUGCAAAAUAUUGUUGGCAAAACAAAGAUAAUAAGACUUUAGUCUUAGCAUGACUUUACCCCUCAGUUUUGUUGUUUUAAUUGCUGUGACACUUGAAAUGUUGAAUUUUCUUGCUACCUAUGUAUUAUAUCCAAUCAAUUUACAAAUAGUAAAUAUAAUAUUAUUUUGGAUUAAGUGUAAAGUAAAUAAAAGUUUGGUUUGUGUGUAGUUAUGCUGACAUAAUGGCAACUCAUGCUGUGAUAACUUUAUAAUACCACAUAGGGGCACUAUGUCUCAACAUAUUUAUCCUUGAGACAAUCCAGAAGAGGGAGCCAUAUGCAUAAGGGUAAAGUCAGGGUUUUAACUUCAAUGUGCAAAAGUAAAUUGGGUAAAUGGUAAUACAAUCUUAAUCCAGGCUAUCAUAAUAGGGGAUAUUUUAGCUUUUGUCAAAUGAAUGAAGAUUUAAGUCUCACUGGUUGAGCUUGGUUGUUGUCUGUGUGUCCAUAGGACCACCAAGAUAAGAACAAUCAUAAAUCUUAUUGGAAAACAAGCAUAUGCACAUGGUAUUUUGAAUUGUAUGUGGUUUAUUUGCAUUGUAAGCCUGUACUUUUGUUAUCAAAACAAAUUAAUGGAAUUGCUUUGCCUGUCCGGGAUAGCAGAUAAACAUAGCAAAUCCCUGCUAACAUCUUUGGUGGAAGGGAGUGUGCACUCUGGAUCAGAUUGCAGUAAGGGUAACUACAUUUAUGUCAAGAAGAACUUCCACAAUAAGCUUUAGGCCUUUACUGUACUGUUAGUGAUUAUGUGACAGUAUUUUGUAGAUACAAGAUUUUAUACUAUAAAUUGUAAAGUGGCCUUUGCAAGGGUAAACAGACUGUGUUGUUCAGAAUGUACAGCCAGGACACAAUGCCAAUUUAUCUAUGUAAAAUAAUUGGCAAAGCCUUCGCCAGUGGGGUGCUAGCUCUCAACCUCUGCCGAGUAUUAUACAAACCCUGUUUCCAUAUGAGUUGGGAAAUUGUGUCACAAGUAAAUAUAAACGGAAUACAAUGAUUUGCGAAUCCCUUUCAAUUUCAAUUCAGUUGAAUGCACUACAAAGACAACAUAUUUGAUGUUCAAACAAAUAAACUUUUUCUUUUUUUUUUGCAAAUAAUAAUCAAUUGAGAAUUUCAUGGCUGCAACACGUGCCAAAGUAGUUGGGAAAGGACAUGUUCACCACUGUGUUACAUCACCUUUUCUUUUAACAACACUCAAUAAACGUUUGGGAACUGAGGAAACUAAUUGUUGAAGCUUUGAAAGUGGAAUUCUUUCCCAUUCUUGUUUUAUGUAAAGCUUCAGUCGUUCAACAGUCCUGGGUCUCCGCUGUCGUAUUUUACGCUUCAGAAUGCGCCACACAUUUUCGAUGGGAGACAGGUCUGGACUGCAGGCGGGCCAGGAAAGUACCCGCACUCUUUUACUAUGAAGCCACGCUGUUGUAACCCUUGUCUUGCUGAAAUAAGCCGGGGCGUCAAUGAUAACGUUGCUUGGAUGACAACAUAUGUUGCUCCAAAACCUGUAUGUACCUUUCAGCAUUAAUGGUGCCUUCACAGAUGUGUAAGUUACCCAUGCCUUGGGCACUAAUACACCCCCAUACAAUCACAGAUGCUGGCUUUUGAACUUUGCGUCUAUAACAAUCCGAAUGGUUACUUUCCUCUUUGUUCUGGAGGACACCACGUCCUCUGUUUCCAAAUAUAAUUUGAAAUAUGGACUCGUCAGACCACAGAACACCUUUCCAAAAGCCGGCAGCGUUUCAGGAUAUUGUUGAUAAAUGGGUUUGGCUUUGCAUAGUAGAGUUUUAACUUGCACUUACAGAUGUAGCAACCAACUGUAGUUACUGACAGUGGUUUCAUGAAGUGUUACUGAGCUCAUGUGGUGAUAUCCUUUCGAACUGAUGCCGGUUUUUGAUGCAGUACCGCCUGAGGGAUCAAAAGUCCGUAAUAUCAUUGCUUACGUGCAGUGAUUUCUCCAGAUUCUCUGAACCUUUUGAUGAUUUUACGGACCGUAGAUGGUAAAAUCCCUAAAUUCCUUGCAAUAGCUUGUUGAGAAAUGUUGUUUUAAAACUUUUCGACAAUUUGCUUACAAAGUAGUGACCCUCGCCCCAUCUUUGUUUGUGAAUUACUUAGCAUUUCAUGGAAGCAGCUUUUAUACCCAAUCAUGGCACCCACCUGUUCCCAAUUAGCCUGCAUACCUGUGGGAUGUUCCAUAUAAGUGUUUGAUAAGCAUCCCUCAAUUUUAUCAGUAUUUAUUGCCACCUUUCCCAACUUUUUUGUCACAUGUUGCUGGCAUCAAAUUCCAAAGUUAAUGAUUUUUUGCCCCCAAAAUCUUUUUGAUCAGUUUGAACAUCAAAUAUGUUGUCUUUGUUGUAUAUUCAACUGAAUAUGGGUUAAAAAGGAUUUGCAAAUCAUUGUAUUCCGUUUAUAUUUACAUCCAACCCAAUUUCCCAACUCAUGUGGAAACGGGUUUGUAGAUUAGCCUGUGAGCUAUUAGUUUAUAGCAGGGCUAUUCAACUACAGAGGGCCGCAGUUUCACGAGCCAAAGGGCUCAAGGCCCGGACAUCAAAACGUGCAACACAUGGACUUUCACACUGCGCAGUCAAUAAAUUAAUUACUCUGCCCUUGAUACUCGUUUCCAGUGUGUACAGCUAGACAGAUAGUUAACAGCAUGAAGAAACAGAAGCUCCGGAAGAUUUGUUGAGGAUUGAUGUUCUUUUUUUGGAAUUAUUUCCCUUCCUCAGUUUUGUUUCUUUACAUUUCUUCCUUCAUUUAGGUCUGUAAGACUAAACAUUUAAACGUAAAAUAAUGAGAUAGGCUCCCACGACCCCAAAAGGGAUAAGCGGUAGAAAAUGGAUGGAUAAACAUUACAAAAUAUUACAUCAAUUGUGUAUUUUACAUAAAUAAUGUUAAUUAUGUAUUUUACAAAAAUACAAUAUGUUUCAUGUUAAUGAAUUCACACAAUAAACUACAAAUGUUUACGCAUAUAGAAAUUAAACAACAUCCACAUCAAUAUUGGACACAAAGUAUGUGUCUGUGACUCAUUUAAACUAAACCGAAGUUUACCUUAUUGCCCUGAGCUGGACAAAUUUGGCUCCCCUUUCCUCUACUUUAUCUCUCUUGCUUGCUUCUUUGUCUUGUCUUGUCUUAACUUUUUUGUUGUCUCUUUUUGCACUGCUCUCUAAAUCUAAAUAUUGGAACUAUUUAACUGGCCUCAACGAAAUUGACAAGAUCUUGGGUUUGGGGGAACCUAUUUGUUGUGACGGAGCGGUUGUUGCUGGACACGCGACGGACUCUUGGGAGAAUAUGGAGUCCUGCGUGCCUGUCGACCCUUUUCAGUGUAGGAUGUGAAGAUAUCUACCUAUUCAGAAUGAUGACAACAGUACAUCCGCUGAUUGGAGUAAGCGUUGAUCUGGUUUGUCGACAAAUUGGAAGUCGCUGGCAGUCUUCAAAGUACCCCAAAGCUGCCACAAUUGAUUGGAGGAUGCUGGAAGAACUGUGGACACUUGUGAUUUUGGAUCACAUCGGACUGUCUGCCCCGCUGGAUUUUGAGGACCAGUCAUAGACAAUUUAGGGUGAAAAACAAAUUUAAUUUUCACUCUCAUACAAUACAUUCUAACUUGGAUUGUUUCCCUGGCUUCGACACUCUCCCGAAGGACAGUGCGGCGAAGACACAACAAACUCCCUUUUUGUCUUUUAUGUACACACACUUGUUAUUGACUUUGGACUUAUCGGCUUCACGACAUCAAGGCCACGGGACAGAGACACACUGCAGGCUUACACACACACAUGCAUCCGCAAAAAUGUACGCCACACACAAACCCCACCCCCAAUAUAACGCCCUCGACGCAUAUCCCAUAGGGGGAUGGAAGGAUCGGCAGCGCCUGAGAGCUGCGGCCUGCCACCAAUACCCCCCACUCCCUCCCCUCUCUUGCUAGAUAUCUUGAGAUGUACGUUGUAAUAUGUAUAUGUGCUUUGCUAUGGAGGUUUUUUCCCACUCCAGACUGAGCCCUCUUAAGAGCCCAGUCUAGAUUGUACUUUUUUACUCAUCUUUCCCCAGGGUUUACCUUUUUCCCAUCUUUUACGGGGCGCCUUUUGGCGACCCAUCAGUGUUCUUGUUCUGUAACUCUGUACACAGUUUGUUUGUCUAAUCUUGAACGGGUUUCUGCUGAAAACAAAGUUUCGAUGUACCUGUGCAAUGACAA